UGAAAUAAUGUAUGUGAUGAUCUUUUUACAUCGUGGUGUAGACUGUGGUUUAGUUAUGGGAUUGGCAUAUGCUUGGUCCCAUCGAGCAUGUGAAUCAGGGGAAGACACCUCGCAUCCUCCUGCCAGCUGUAUGUAAAUUCAAUGCGCUGCAUAGUGGAUCUGAGAUCUUGGAGCUGCAGAGUGUUAUAAGGGAGACGCUUUGGGGUAUGCGUGAGGCGAGUAUCGUUUCUGAACAGAGGAAUCUGGUGGCGCAGGAAGCGGACCUGGGCGAUUUGACAGAUGCAAUAGUGAAGGAAUUGGGAUUGAAGAGGAGGUUGAGUGAGGUUGGCGUGAGGAGGGAUAUUUUUGAGAGGCUUGCAGAGGCGAGCUUGAGGGAUCCAUUCUUGGAGACCAAUUGUGUGCCAAUAUCCAGGAAGGGUGAGGUGCUUGAGAGAGCUCGGGCGGUUGAGUUGGAUGAACAAAAAACUUUUAGUGCGAAUGAUAUUUGGAAAUGGAGUCUUGAAGCAGCAACGCAGUUCGUGAAUAGGUCUUUUCUUUGUCGUCCUCUAGGUUAG